GACGAUAGUAAGGGGCUCUACGAGGGAGGUGAACGACAGCGGCGUCACUGCAGCGUCCAGGGUCGUUUUCACCUAUGCAGCGUUGCAGCAGUACCAAAGCGGCCCUGAUCGUCGUUUCUCGCUCGCUGUCCCCUAUUGUCCAAUAUCAACAUCCCAUGUCGGAAAUUCAGACAUAUUUUAGUUGCGGCAUCUAAAGCAGCGCCACUGUUUUGUCAUUGAUAUGGAGUGCUGUCCGCCGUCUCUCGGCGCCCCCCACCCUCCUCAGCUGGGCAACUUGAGCCGAGCUUCCCUGCCUGACAGCAGCCGCAGCAGCAGGAUGAGUUAAUAAUCCACCUGCAUCAUGACAGGACACGCUGUGUUGCUGGGCCUCCUGCUCGUCUGUGUGGCAACAGAUGCAGCAGUGAACAUGGGCCAAAAGCGAGAGCCGUCGUGUCCGGAGACAGAGGAGAUUCUGGCCUGCCCCAUGAACAUGGCUCCAGUGUGUGGCAGCGAUGGCAACACUUAUCCAAAUGAGUGCGCCUUAUGUGUGGCAAGGCAACUGAAUAAGAUGGAGAUUCUGGUGGUGAAGGAGGAGAGUUGCUGACCUUCUGUCAUCAUCCGUGUGGAGCUGCGCACACACAUCUGAUAUGGUUUCUUCCCUGCAAACAAUAAAUGCCAUGAGACCAAA